AUGAAGCUCGUUUGGGUUCUAUUGACAAAGUUGUGGAGGUAUAUGAGAGGGCAGUUGUAGCUGUGACUUAUUCCGUGGAUAUUUGGUUGCAUUAUUACAUGUUUGCUAUAUCCACAUAUGAAGAUCCCGAUACUGUUAGAAGUGAUACCUCAUAUGUGUGGCGGAAAGGUUUGUUGGGAAUUCACUUUAGAAAUUCAAAUUUCUAUUGUGCAGACCCAUUAUUUUGAGGCUGCUGUUCACAGUAGCUGUUUCAUUUUCUUUUAGGAUUCAAUUACAAUUUUUGUGGCCUCAUUCUAUCCCGUACCCUUUUUUCACUUUUCUCCAAAGGCCUGCGUAGUAGUCAUGUAGUUCUCCAUGAAUUACUGCUGUCUUUAACUUUGAUACUCUGAGGCUAUCAUGGGUGCAUCAAUAUACAAAAUGCCGCUGGGAAGAUCACGUUCAGUUAAGGGCUAAGAUGGCCUCUAGCUCUGCUUCAUUUCAAGGACAUAGUAUGGUUGUUUCAGGAAGGUUAUUUGAACGCGGAUUGGUUUAUGUUGGAACCGAUUACCUUUCCUAUCCUCUAUGGGACAAAUAUAUAGAAUAUGAGUACUCACAGCAGCAGUGGUGUCACCUGGCCAUGAUCUACACAAGGAUUUUUGAGAAUCCUAGUCAACAACUUGAUCGCUAUUUCAACAGUUUCAAGGAGUUGGCUGCAAGUCGGCCUUUGUCUGAAUUACAGAGUGCCGAGGAAGCUGCUGCCAUGGCAGCUGCAAAUUUGGAGGCUGGUGACCAAGGAGUUGAGGGAGAGGUCCCUUCCGACGGUAUGGAAUACUCUACAAAACCUGUAAGUGCAGGAUUAUCAGAGGCAGAGGAGUUGGAGAAGUAUAUUGCCGUUAGAGAAGACAUGUACAAGAAAGCUAAAGAGUUCGAUUCUAAGAUCAUUGGUUUUGAAACAGCUAUUAGGAGGCCCUACUUUCAUGUACGGCCCCUCGUUGAUUCAGAACUAGAAAACUGGCAUAGCUAUCUGGAUUUUAUUGAAAGAGAAGGUGACUUCAACAAGGUUGUUAAGCUAUAUGAGAGGUGUCUAAUUGCUUGUGCCAAUUAUCCCGAGUACUGGAUACGUUAUGUUUUAUGCGUGGAAUCAAGUGGAAGUAUGGAUCUUGCAAAUAAUGCACUUGCUCGUGCUACGCAAGUCUUUGUCAAGAGACAACCGGAGAUUCACCUUUUUGCUGCUAGGUUUAAGGAGCAAACUGGGGAUGUUGCAGGAGCACGUGCUGCAUAUCAACUUGUGCAUUCUGGAAUUUCACCUGGUUUACUUGAAGCUGUUAUUAAACAUGCAAACAUGGAACAUCGAUUGGGCAACUUGGAAAAUUCGCUCUCACUAUAUGAACAGGCAAUAGCCACUGAAAAGGGGAAAGAGCAGUCUCAAACAUUGCCAAUGCUAUUUGUUCAGUAUGCACGGUUUUUAUACUUGGUUGCUGCAAAUGCUGAAAAAGCUAGGGAGGUUCUAGUUGAAUGCACUGAUUAUGUGCAACUAUCAAAGCCAUUUUUAGAGGCCUUAAUCCAUCUGGAGGCUAUUCAGUCAACUCCUAAAAGAAUUGAUUAUUUAGACUCGUUGGUUGAAAAGUUCAUACUUCCCACCCCUGAUAACCCCAAUCUUGCAAGUACUGCUGACAGAGAAGAACUAUCUGGCGUUUUUUUGGAGUUUUUGGAUCUCUUUGGAGAUGCAAAGUCUGUCAAGAAGGCUGAAGAUCGGCAUGCCAAGCUCUUUUUAUGCCACAGGAACACAUCAGAGUUGAGGAAACGGCAUGCUGAAGACUUUCUGGCUUCAGACAAGGGGAAGCUGGCUAAAUCUUAUGCAGGUGUUCCCUCAACAACCCAAUCGGUUAUGGGUGCAUACCCAACUGCACAGAACCAGUGGACUGCUGGAUAUGGGCUGCAACCUCAAGCUUGGUCUCAGGCUUCACAGGCUCCACAGGCAGGACAACAGUGGAACCCUAGCUAUGCUCAACAGGCUGGAUAUGGUGGGUAUGCUGGUUAUGGUAGCGGCUAUACUCAUCCACAGGUGGCCACUUCAACUGCACAAACAGCUGCUUAUGGCACUUAUCCUCCAACAUACCCUGUCCAGCAGGCCUUCCCACAGCAAAGCUACACCCAACCGGCCACAGCGGCAACUUUUGCUCCAACUCAGCAACAGGCACCACCAGUACAGCAGGCUUACUAUGGGACUUAUUAUUGAGCUCUAAAAAAUUACUCCUCUCAAUUUUGUCACCUGUAAACUAGGUUCUUUUUGCAUCUAUUGGAUAGAAAUUGUGUUAUGUGCCCUGGGGUUUUAGAACUUGGGUGCGGGCAACUAUCUGGUAGUCAGCAGAGGUGUGCACAAGGCAUUGUAUUGGAACUGUGACUAACCCAGAAGGUGCAUUCCAAUGGAAUUGGAUUUUAACUA